AUGAAUAGAAGACUUUUGGCCACGUUUCUACUUCUACUUUCGAUGAUCUCGAAUAGCCGGUGUGAAAAAUCUUGUCAAACUUGUGCUCCGUUGACCCCAGAGGAAUGUCCAUUGAUCAAUGAGUGCAAUAUUUGCACUGAAACCACCUUCACACGGAGACAAAAUCGAAACGGUUGUCAAGAAGUCACAAUCUCGUGUGCAUCAGGUUCUCGUGUCAUUCUUGAGCUCUCGAAUGGGCAUUCAGUCUCGAGGAAGGCGGCAACACUUGGUUCAUUCUCGUGUCAAAGCAACGGUCGAUGGCAGUUGAACGGGCUAAAUUACACGGAAAAAAACGUGAAAUCAGCAUCUUGUUAUACAGCGUCACCCGAUCGUCAAAACUCUCCAAUCAAUCUCGUCACCCAGCGAGCUAUUCGGGAUCUCGAUUUAAUCGAUUUCAACGAUCAACUACGCGCCCAA